AUGAAUCACAUUAAAGCUUUUGCUUUGGCAAAAUGGGCAACAGCUGAGAAAUUAGAGCUUAUAGGAAUGGAGGGUGAAGUUGGCCUUGUCUAAGAUUUAUCAGAUACCCUCAUGAUACUCAAGACCAAAACCAUUAGUUAAUUUCAGAAGAUAGACUCAUUGCCAUCUAAAAAAGGAAGGUGGUAUUAUUUGCCCUUUAACAAAGAAAUCAUCCAAUUGGUUUUAGCAACAAGUGAUUGCAAUCAAUACAAUAUUGAAAUGCUCAUCAGUGCCAUCUAAUCAAAAAUUGUAUUGAUAUCAGUAUAAACUAAUUAGUUGAAUGGAAAUAUCAUCCUUAAUGAUAAUCAGAAGGAUAACAUCCUACAGCUGCUGAAUUAUUUUGAGAAACAAUACAAUAAAGAUCCCAAACAAAUCAAAUAAAUCAUGUAGGUGUUAGACAAUACUAAAUUAUCGGUCCAACAGAAUAUAGAAAAAUUAAUCAACAAUAAAGAGCAAUUAAGUUAAAUUGAAAUUAAAUCCUUGGAAUUGGAGGAUACUUCAAAAGUCUUUUACGAUACAGCCGCUGCUGUUCACAGAAAGAAUCGAUUAAAUAGAUUAAAGAGAAGACUAAUUAUUGGUGGCAUAGCCUUUAUAAGUCUAAGUUUUAUUUGUUAUUGGAUUUUUUAUUGAUCAUAAUAUUUAAAAUUAGCAAAUUAUAA